AUGUUAAAGGCCGAAGAAGCCCAGCAACGGGUGUGCGCCCCUCGUAAUGCAGCCCCGGCCUCUGGUGUACUUAACCGGUUCCAUCCACCGCCUCGCCCUCUUCCAUCCACUCCUCCCACCUCCAACAUCAUCCCUCAUAUGCUCCCAUCCACAACCACCAUUCCCCUCCUUCCUUCAACACUACUGGCCACUGCUGCCCACUGUACCCUAUAUCACCCAAAACUGUCAUCGGACAGGGAGAUGACCUCUUCCAAUCCCAAAGAGUUUCUUGUUUUUGAGUUGCAGGGAUUUGAGAUCGUUCAUCUCAACCCCAAGGCUCAAGAAAAAGAAACCGAGCAAGAAAAGGAAGAUGUCGACGAGGUGGAAGACGACGAUCACCAUGGCUUCGGUGGGGCGCUUCCCCUUGUCGACGAGGACGAGAAUCCACACGAUGCGCCCAUCAACGGAAACAUCGCAGAGUCGGAGGAUGACCAAGAGGAACGCGCUCGUCGCGUGGACGGCCUCAGCAAGUUCCUCAAGCACAUGGAUGUGCUUGAGACCCGCGAGUGCGGCAAGAAUUGCGGCGGUAAGUACCAGCAUCAACCCAGUGUCAUCCUCCACGUUACUCCCAAUCUCUUAUGCAUCGUUGGUGCUAAAUCCCCAGGUAUCCACUACUGUCUCUCUUGGCGCCACCGCCAAACCACCAAGGUCACCGACGACCUCUUCAACGUCGCCUUUGACGAGCGUCUCGUCCCUUGUGACAAGAUGGGCGACCCCUACUGCCUCCCGUGCCUGGAGCACAUCGACUCGGCGAAGACCACGCCGGAGACGAUUCUCCACAUCCAGCGCACGCGGCUGGCAUCAAUCCGAGACCGAGACGUGCGCAAGUUCGAAAAACUUGCUGCCAAGCUCGGCCGGCAACAACAACCCCUGUCGACCCCCCUCACGCAGAGGGACAUCGACGCUGCGCCAUGGCUCCGCGGCGCAGACAUCCUUCCAUUGGGUUUGAGUCCGUCACUGUCGUCUACGCCUUCGAGCAGCGGCAGCGGCAAGUGCUCGAACCGGAUGGCCGAGUAUGCCGACAAGCGCGCGGUCCUGAGCGUGAACCGUGCGUCGGUCGACCAGGUGGCCCUCGUCAGGCUCACCGAGCGCGGCAAGAUUUGCUUGUCGCACACCGCCGACGGCAUCCGCGUCGUCCCCCUCGCCUACAACAAGGGCAAGCGAGGACUCUUCGGGGUUUUUUUUGACCUCUACCUGGUUGGCGUUUCGGCCCACCAGGCAGGUGCCGACCCUCGAGUGCUUGACGAGAUUGCCGACCUCCUCAAGUCGAUGAAUGCGGUCAACGUCAUGUACGCUAAACCGCACCUCGCCACCCGCCAGACAUUGGAUCUGGCACAGAGGCUCGAGGGCGCGUUUGGUAAAGAGUCGACCGCCACCGUCACCGGCUGGCCUCAAGACCGCCCAACCGUGGGCGCCCGCCUUAUCCCCGUGGCAGACACUCUGGGCAAGUACAACCGUAUCACCGGUCGUCUCGCCCAUUAUCCGAGUGUUCUGUGGGUGGCCGACCUCGAGGCGUCGCACCUCACCGACUUCAUCGGUGUCAUCGACGAGCUCGAGCUUCGGGAGAACUGUGCCAUUCCCAGGUGCACAGACUCCCGCUUCCCAGCCGUCUGGUGGGAAGCCACCGAGGCCGAGAUGCUCGUCCUCGCGCAGCGCGCCCUCUUCCGCGCCGUCGACCUCUGCGACGGCGGUGCAAAACGUCGCCAAGCCGGCAAGCCACCCGUCGAGUACGAGGGCAUAUCUGUGCUGACGGUGGUCUUCUCCUGGUGCCUGCACCACACGCGCCACGGGGGCCGCGACAUCCUCAGCGGCCUCCCCUUCCACUUCUCGUGUGCGCCACUGUCCCCGACUCUGGUGGCCCACAUUACCCACGGCACCCCCUUUGCCUCGGGUUUCACCACCCGAACCCCAAACACGUUGAGCCAGUUCGAGGAGGCCCGUUGCAACAUCCGGCCCGAACCCAUUACCUCGAACUGGCUCUCGUCCGACUGGAGGUACGCCGGCCUGCUUCACUUUUUUUCCACCAUCCAACCAAUGGUGCAGCACAGGCUGGGCAAAUGGCAGGCCAAUGGCCACCUUCGCGACCUCGUUCUCCCGGCGACCUUCACCAUGUCGUCGGCUACCGAGGCCGGCUACCGAGGCCGCCUACCUCAAGAACUCGCUCGUCUGCUUCGAGCGCGGUCGCGGGCCUGCUCCCCGCCUCGCCAAGGGGGUGGCCCACGAGCUGUGGACGCGCAUGGCGUACUAUACGCCCGACCAGUACGUCGCGUUCGAGCGCGAACGCCUCGUCGACAUGGUUGGUGUCCGUCUCCCUGGUGUGGUCGAAUCCUGGACGUCCGCUCGCCCCAUCUCAACAAGAUGACGAGGGGCAACCUGCCACCGAAGGCCGUGUUUUCCGCGCAGUGGGCCCGCAAACUGUUCAUUGAGGGCCUGAACGCGCGAAUGGCGUUCUUUGAGGCGGGCGUCCAGGAGGAACACGACCACAGAGCCAACGAUGAGCGUCUCGGCCGCGAGCAGCAGGAGCGACGAUACCGGGAGGAGAGGCGAAAGCGCGCACGAGAGCUCCGCGAGGUCGAGGAGAGGAGGCUGGAGCUCCUGGAGCUUCAUGGCCACGUAGACCUUGACAAGAUCUACCAGGAGCUCAAGACCAUCGACGAGAACCGGCCUCCUCAAGGCCCGUACAUCCGUGUUCCCGCUACGGAGGCGGAGUGGCAAGCCCAUAGGCAGACCUUGGCCGCCAUUAAUUGCCCCGUCGUCGACGCUCGUGGUGCGCCUCUCGCAGCCAACACCACGUGGCAGCCGAGCCUGCCGCGCCACAUGUCUCGUCCAGCCUCACGUCGUGAGCCUUGUACCUUGGCCGAGUUUGAUGAGUGGGAAGAGGAGAGGAAGCUGUAUCGCGAACGGCUGCGCGACCUCAUCGGGGACGUUUGGUAUGUACAUAGCUUGCUCAGGGUAGAAAUAGCCUCCGAGUGCACUGCACACCGGCCUGUUCUUCAUGCACGCAGAGCCCCGUUGGAGUCUUCCGGCCUUCUUCUCCUUGUGGUAUAG